AUGGGACAUGAGGAGCAUGGAGGGACUUGGCACAUGGACGCAGCUCAACUGGAUACGCAAAGGAAGAAGGGAGAAGCCAUCUUGAAGACCAGCUCGACCGUCUACUCGACCAACCGGUCGAGUUCCUCAACUCGACCGGCCAAGCUUCAACUCGAUCGAGCUGAGAAGUCAACAGUCAAACCCGAAAAAUGCGAUUCCCCACACGAAGUGAUGGCAUUCGCUGGAAAAGAUCCACUAAGAGCUCCAAUAUCUCUUGCUCUAGAAAUAGAGGUUGGAUGGAUUAGUUUGGGCAAUGAUCCUAUGCCUCCAAGGUUUGAUUCUCACUGGCUAACCCCCUGUUUCUGA